GGAAGCAUCUCAUAAAAGUGGCCGUGAGUUCAUUUAUUCUCACAAUAAUCAAUCGACGCAAAUAUUUGCCGAGUUAAAAAAAACUUUUGGGAUCAACAUACACAGAUGAUCAAUGUUGGAAGGAUGGUACUGUCGGUCAAUUGCAAACAACAAUGCAGAAGUCGAGGAUGACGAGGAAGACAGUCCUGAAGAAGAAGUUCCUAAUUAUAAGGAUCAAUAUCGUAAUUUAAAACGAAAACUUAAAUUUUUAAUUUACGAAAAUGAAUGUUUCCAAGAAGCUUUGAGAUCAACCCAGCGUAAAUUAUUAAAAGUAAAUCGUGACAAAAGUUUUUUACUCGAUCGUUUGCUUCAGUACGAAAAAGUCGACGCCUCAUUCAGUGAAAGUGAUGAAACCGAAUCGUCCGACGAUGACGUGUCACGAUUAGAAACCUCAAACAAAAAAAGGAAAGUAGAAGUAAAUAUAAAUAAUCACACUCCCCACGGUCCAUCGCCAGUCAAAUCUUCAAGUACAACUAAGAAGAAAAAGUCUGCUCCAAAAUCUGCUCCGAAAGCUCAGGCCAACCCCCCUAUUCAGACCUCGAACAACGUAAUGUCAAUGGUGUCAAUGAUUUCCGAUGGACACAUGACCCCCGAAGAGGUCGAGCGACACUUAGAGUCGCGUCAGACGUACCUGGAACUGGUGCCCGAAAAAGCGCCGCCGACUGUCCCAACCGAAAUGUUCAGCAACGACCCGUCUUUAGACAGUGAGUCUAAUGAAGUCGGUGAACUUGAAACCUCGCCGAGUAAUAUGGGAGAAGAUUGUCUCAGUGCUGACAUGAUGGCUGAAUAAACUCUUUUUUUUAUUUAAAUUAUAAAUCAGUUAAUAAAUUUAAAAUGGUUUUCUUAUAAAUAGAUAAUGUACUUGCGAAUAAAUUAAAAAUUUUUCAUAUAUAAAUUCACUUGUU